GCAGGCCAAAGGUUCGUGCGCUCCAUUCCUGGCGGCGGUUCGCCGGCGCAGCCCGGAACGCAAGCCUUCUUGCGGGAGUUGUCCACCUGUUGGGUACCCACUGUGUGCCUGAAGCUUUGCACACCGUUUUGUCAUUUAACCGCUGAAGGUACGGUCUCCUCCAGGGUUUUGUGCCUUGCCCGUUGCACCCGGAUCGUUAGGGUCGAUCUGCUCGACUCAAAACACAGGCUUUAACCGCCAAGCGGGCUGGCUCCUUUGUUGUAAUGCAGAGAAGUUGGCUUCACAGUGAGUAGUGACCUUUACCUCGUGGCUGUCCCGGGGCCACCUGAAACUCCCUUCGCAUACCUCGUGUCUGAUGAUGCUGGGAAUCACGACAGGACAUUCACGGGAAAUUGGCCCAGCUUCGGUCCGUUGUGCACUCGCCCCUCUCCAUCAUGGAGCCACCGUGGCUCAGGGCUUCACCCUUGUCUUGGGGGGGCUUGCCAUUUGUAUCUCCAAGAUUUGAGGUAGCAUAGAGCCUGUCUGUAACUGGUGCCCGAAGAAGUCUGACAAGAGACUGGAGCUGCCCCUGUUGGCGGGGCGAGGAGAAAGGGCUGCAAGUCCCUGAGUGGCAGGGUGGACAGGAGCCUGGUGGGAAAUGGAUAAGGAGAAGGAGCAACGGAACCCUGAGUACCUUUCUGCGUCCACCCAGGGCCACAAUCACCGUGAUCAGAGGGGAGGAUGAGAUGUCCCAGUCAUCUAGUGUGGCCAAGGCCUCCACUGGUUCUGUCCCUGUGGGGGCCCCAGGACCAGCUGGACCAGGGUCUGAUCCCCCACAUGCCCACCCAAGGAUGGAGAUAGGAAUUUCUCCCACCUGGGCUAAAACAACGUCCCAGGACAUCUCUGGGCAAUGUCCAGCCUGCCAACAGGUAAAUGCCCAACAAGAAAGGUGGACCCAUUCUGGGGUCCGCAAUCGAGGAGAGCUGCCUGGAGAUCACUGGGAGAUUGGCUUCACCGAGGUUUGGUCCAAUAGAAGCUUUCUGCUCAGCAGCAUGGCCCUUACGUCUGCAAGCAUGCUGGCCUCCUCCCUGGCCACCCAGUUAACAUCAGCAGUGACCAUGGCUGAAGCUGGCGGGGCAGCCUGUGGCACCCUCCUGGCUGGCCUUUCGUCACAAGGGGCCAUGCUGGUAUCCCAGGCUUCCCUGGCCCCUGUGGCAUCUACUGUUGGCUCCUUCCUGUCGGGGUUCUCUGCUGUCACCUCGGCUGCUGCUCCAAUUGGAGGGGCCACGAUGAUAUCCAAGGCUGUCCUGGCCCCUGUGGCCUCUGCCGUUGGACCUCUGCUGGGGGCACUGAAUGUGGGCUCUGUGGCUGCUGCCCCAAUUGGAGUCAAGGCUGCUGCAGUCGUGACUGGUGGAGAGCCCAGUUACAGACUCCGUGAGGCCUCAGGAUGGGCCCAGAGAGCAGGGAGUCCUUCCCCUGGAUCCACCCCCAUGCAGCUCCUCUCCCCUACAGCCCUGACCGUGGGUGCCGUGCCCGUGGUUCUGGGUGCCAUUGGCUUCACUGGGACAGGAAUCGCUGCCUCCUCACUGGCGGCCAAGAUGAUGUCCAUAGCUGCCAUUGCCAACGGGGGCGGAGUCUCCGCCGGCAGCCUGGUGGCUACUCUGCAGUCAGUGGGAGCGGCUGGACUGUCCUUGUCGUCCAAAAUGGCCCUGGGCUCUGCUGGGUCUGCCAUUAUGGCCCGCAUAGUGGGUUUGUAAUAGUUCCUGCUACUCCCAUAGAGAAGAGGACCCCAGGAAGAGGUGGUACUGCCCCUCAGCCUGACCCGGGAGGGGCCAGUCCUGGAGGGUCAGCACCAAGGACAUACAUUUCUUGAGAAUAAAGCUUGUUGUUGCAACCCA